UUUCGCAAGCUCUUCCUUCUUUAAGUGGGAAGCCUGCGGGAAAAGGGCGGCACGAGGGAUGGCACAUUGUCUUGUGAGGCCCAGAAGGGCCGGUGCCAGGUGGAGGGCGUGUCUGGAGCCUGCAGUGGUGGAACAAGAGCGAAUUUCUCUUGGUUGCUCAUGAGAUUUAGCUCUGCUGAAGAUACUUUUUUACAUACAGCUUCAUUUAAACCCAACACUGAUUACAAGAGAUAGUCUGGACAUUUAAGUUGCUGGGGCUAAUCUAGAGGCACGUUACCUUCGUAAACUCCCAUUUAACUUAUGACUAAGUGUAAUUCCUUUGCAUCUGACACAUGUACAUCUUUGGCUUUUGCUUUAAAACUUACGGCAUGAUGAAGAUGGCUAUAGAAAAGCUCACUGCAAAGAGCUUCAGAAAGACCCGUUUAUUUUGUAUUUCAUUUACAGUCUUGGACAGUUGUCCCUGAUUUUACCCAUCAUGCCCACUCUGCCUCAUUAUCAGCAGUAGCAGUGAAUAACAGAUAUGUGGUCACAGGGAGCAGAGAUGAGACAAUCCAAAUCUAUGAUAUGAAAAAGAAGAUAGAGCAUGGGGCACUGCUGCAGCACAAUGGCACAGUAACUUGUCUGGAGUUCUAUGGUACUGCACAUCUACUGAGUGGGGCUGAAGAUGGACUAAUUUGUAUCUGGAACACAAAGAGAUGGGAAUGCCUGAAAUCCAUUAAGGCACAUAAGGGGCACGUGACAUCUCUUUCUAUUCAUCCUUCUGGGAAAUUAGCUUUGUCGGUAGGAACAGAUAAAACAUUAAGAACUUGGAAUCUUGUAGAAGGACGAUCAGCCUUUAUCAAAAACCUGAAGCAAAAUGCCCAAAUAAUUAAAUGGUCUCCCAGUGGAGAGAAGUAUGUGACCGUGAUAACAAAUAAGGUGGAUGUCUACAAACUUGACACAGCCUCAAUCGCUGGCACCAUCACAACUGAGAAGAGAAUUUCUUCGCUUACAUUUAUUACAGAUUCUAUCCUUGCUAUAGCUGGAGAUGAUGAAGUUAUAAGGCUCUUCAACUGCGACUCUCAAAAAUGCCUAUGUGAAUUUAAAGCUCAUGAAAACAGAAUAAAAGAUAUCUAUAGUUUUGAAAGGGAAGGACAACAUGUUAUUGUUACUGCGUCCAGUGAUGGUUACAUUAAAAUGUGGAAUCUGGAUCUUAAUAAGAUUAAAGAUAUGCCAACUUUACUAUGUGAAGUCAAUACCAAAGCUAGACUGACAUGUCUGGCAGUAUGGUUUGACCAAGCUUCAGAAAUCAAAGAAAAUUCUAAUAAAGCCACAACAUCAUCUCAAGCAAAUGAAGAUGAGAAGUCAUCAAUAGUCAGGAAAAAGAAAGUUUGUUGGACGGAUAAGAGUGAUAAAACACCAAAAAGAGGCAGAAAAAUUACUCCCGAGAAGCGAAAAUUGGAAACUCCACUGCAAAAGAAGAAAAAGAAACUGAAGAGCUCAGAAUGAAGGCAACUACUUUCUUCAAUAAAAAGCAAAUGGUGGUGUUUCUGUAAUCAGUUUUUACGAGGAUCUAAACCUUUGACAGAACGUACACUUCUGAAGAGAUCUGAUGUGUCAAAGUAAUGAUAUCUUUGAUGAAUUGACUGAUCAUUUUGGGAAGCACCAAAAGAAGUGGCAAAAAUAAAUGCGUGAAGUGUAAUAUUUAUAUUUUUAUAUUGACAAUAUAACAACUUUUUAACUGGCUCUGAAAAUGUCAGCAAAAGCAAUUAAAAAUAACUAGAACUGCUACAUCAA